AUGGUGGCGGCAUAUGGGUCCGAGGCCCAGGCCCCGAGGCCACAGUACGUCCAGAGGGGCUGUCAGGCUGGGCCCGGGCGGGGCGGGGCCCUGGACCUGGAGGAAGGCGCGUGCAGACCCCACGGUGGCCACCAGGCGGCGCGGCGCCUCCACAGCCCUCCCCUAGGCCCGGCCCGGGCGGGGGGCGCUGCGAGCGGCCUCUAUCGGGCAGGAGCCUGGCAGCCUGUCCCGGCUGAGGUGACUCCACUGGGCGGGCCGGGGCUGCGGAGGGCGGGGCGCUCGGAGAACGUUAAAGAGGGCUCCCGGGCCCGCCCAGGCCCUGCUGCCGCGGCCCCCACCAUGGCUGAGACCGGCAAGCUCCAGCUGUUCGUCAAGGCUCUGAAGGGUCAAGGGGCCAGGCCCCAGAGCCAGGGUCCCACCCCCACACCCUUCAUCCUGGCGCCCUGCCCAGCCUCCGGGCCCUUGGCAGCUCCGCAGACCCCUCCUCCCAGGGACCAAGUCAAGGGCCCUCACCAGCCACUUGUCGAGGCUGUGCCUGAGAGAGCUGGAGCCCUGGGCUUGCUCUGGCCUCUGGGCAGCGGGAGCCUGCAGGACUCCUGGGCCAGCGAGGACGGCGAGAGCGUGGGCCACUGCCCCUCUUGUCAGCGGCUCUUCAUGAUCCUGCUUCUCAAGGGCGUGCCCUUCACACUCACCACGGUGGACACCCGCAGGUCCCCGGAGGUGCUGAAGGACUUCGCUCCGGGCUCCCAGCUGCCCAUCCUGCUCUGUGACGGCGACGCCAAAACCGACACGCUGCAGAUCGAGGAGUUUCUGGAGGAGACGCUGGGCCCCCCAGAAUUUCCCAGCUUGGCGCCCAGAUACAGGGAGUCUGCCGCGGCGGGCAACGACGUCUUUCACAAGUUCUCCGCCUUCAUCAAGAACCCGGUGCCCGCGCAGGACGACGCCCUGUACCAGCAGCUGCUGCGCGCCCUCACCAAGUUGGACAGCUACCUGCGCGCGCCCCUGGAGCACGAGCUGGGGCGAGAGCCGCAGCUGCGCGAGUCCCGCCGCCGCUUUCUGGACGGCGAUCAGCUCACGCUGGCCGACUGCGGCCUGCUGCCCAAGCUGCACGUCGUGAAUACGGUGUGCACGCACUUCCGCCAGGCUCCCAUCCCCGCUGAGCUGCGCGGCGUCCACCGCUACCUGGACUGUGCCCUGCAGGAGAAGGAGUUCAAGUACACGUGUCCACACAGCGCUGAGAUCCUGGCGGCGUACCGGCCCGUCGCGCGCCCCGCUAGCGCCCCCGCCGCCCCCGCCACCUGCCCACUCGUCCGCAGCCCCAUAAAGGCACCUCUGCCCCAGUGAGCGCAAAGGGGCAUCGGAGGGAUCAGAGGCCCCUCAGUUUCUGCCACUCCCAAACGCCCACCGUGGGACGCUCAGCUCCAGACAACAGCCCGCAAGGAUCAGCAGAGAAGCCCGUGGGCGGGGUGCAGUC